AUGCAGUCGAUCCGGCAAUAUCAAAAGAUCAAGGCGCAGGUUCGCGACAUUUGUCUCAAUACCGACCUUGCAAGUCUCGAAAAGUCGAUUGAUACCGAUUUAUCCACCCCCGUGGAUGAGGAGGAGAAGCUGUCCUCGACCUCACCUUCACCCUCACAGAUCCCGGGUGUGCAAGUUCGAAACGUUGUCGGAAGCGAUGGCCAGAAGGAGCACGUUUUCAUUGUGGGCUGGGAUGGCGAUAUCGACCCGGUGAGACCUCAGAACUGGACUCCCACUCGUCGAUGGGUUGCAACUACGAUGUUAUGUUUGAUUUCCAUGAUGGGUGCGGCUGCUUCUUCCAUCGACGCCGCUGUUGAACCCCAAUCUACUGAAGCUUUCCAUGUUAAAGAUGAAGUCGGUACUCUGACGACUGGUUGCUAUCUUUUCGGUUUCGCCGUUGGAUCGCUCGUGGCGGGCUCGUUCUCUGAAACCUUUGGUCGCAAUAUCGUGUACGUUGUAUCGGGAGCUAUCUUUAUGAUCUUCAUCAUGGCCAAAGCCUUGGCACCCAACUUUGGCACUGCCAUUGCCUUUCGUUUUCUCGCGGCUUUCUUCGGCUCAACACCCCUGACCUGCGCUGGAGGAUCAAUUGCCGAUAUUUGGACACCUCUGGAAGCAACAUUCAGCUUGCCGGUCAUGAUGAUCAUUGCAUAUGCCGGACCAAUGCUUGGACCCGUGAUUUCGGCCUAUAUGGGCGAGAGUUCGGUCAUCAACUGGCGAUGGGCUGAUUGGAUCAUGCUGAUCUACGCCGGGCUGAUCAUGGGGUUGGUUUUUCUCUUCCAGCCUGAGACUUAUGAGCCCUUACUACUCAGUUGGAAGGCCGAGCAUUUCCGCAAAAUCACGGGAGACAAUCGAUUCAAGACCGAGGCGGAGGCGACAGAAAGCUCAUCUCUAUGGACCCGUCUUCGAACCAGCAUUUAUCGACCAUUCCUCUUCACGUACACCGAGCCGAUCAUCAUGUUGUUCACCUUUUAUUUAAUCAUCAUCUAUAUCGUUCUGUUCACUUUCAUGAGUGGAUAUCCCUUUAUCUUCCAGGAAGUGUACGGAAUAUCCCAGGGACUGACCAACAUACUAUGGGUGGCGCAGAUCGUCGGUGAUCUUUUCGCUCUUUUCCUAGUCCCUCUGCUAUACUCCUGGACGAAGAAAGAAUAUCAAAAGGCAACGGCAGAGGGCAAGUCCUUGAAACCGGAAGUGUGUCUUUACUAUUCCAUGAUGGGUGGUUCAAUCUUCCUUCCAGUCUCGCUCUUCUGGAUGGGUUGGACUUGUUAUCCCGACAUCAGCAUCUGGUCCCCCAUCAUCGGAUCCGCAUUCUUCGGUUACGGUCUCAUCACCGUCUUCACCAGCAUUUACCUCUAUAUAAUCUUCGUGUACCAAACAUAUGCCGCAUCUGCCCUCAGUUUCAUGACUUUCGGACGUUACAUGGCCUCGGGGGCGAUGGCCGUUGGUGCGAUUCCGAUGUAUCGUAAUCUGGGGCCUCACUACGCGCUGACUAUUCUGGCUUGCAUUGCUGCUGUGAUGGCUCCUGUGCCUUUCCUUCUCUACCGAUAUGGCCAUGUUAUUCGCCGGAUGAGCAAGCGGGCUCAGAACAAGGAUUGA